AUGUGCAAGAGCCCUGUUGGGUUUAAUCGGUUCCGCCUGGAGAAGGAAAAUCUCAGAAUCAUAGAUGUGAUAAACUCCUCUUCUCCUAAGACAGAAGCCAGGUUCUACCUCGGUAGAGUGAGUAAAGACACUGUUGGACACUAUAGAUGUCUCUAUGAGGUAAAGAACACCUGGUCCCCACGCAGUGAGACCUUGGUUCUGGAGGUCAUUCAUGAGGACAUCACCCAGGCCUCUGCCACAAUCAGAGAAGUUACCCCAGGCUCCACCCUCCAGAGUUACAAGGUGUGGAAUGGUGUCCGCAUGGCCCUGGCUGGCGUAAUCUUGCUGGUCCUGGGGGCAAUCAUUGGAGAAGCUUGGUAUGACUUCAGAGGCUUGCAGACCUGUAAGAGGCAAGAGGAAUGGAAAUCAGGCAUUGUGAGGACAUGGAUCAACUAUCAUGAAUCUUUCUUUGCAGGGUUCGUCUGGGUUCAAGGGAUCUGGGCACAAGUUGUGGAAUCUAAAAAGCCCUUCCUGUCUGCCUGGCCAAGCCCUAUUGUUCCCAUCAGAGAGCAUGUGACUCUGUACUGUCAGUCUGAGAUUGGGUUUGAAAUGUUCAGUCUGUUCAAGGAACAGAGGGGUCGCAUCCUCCAGAUGCAGAACUUCAGCUCCCAGCAGAGCUUUGUGAUAGGCCCUGUGACCACAGCCCAUGCAGGGAUCUACAGAUGCCAGGGAUUUUACUCUGAAUCUCCUUAUGGAUCAUCAGCACUGAGUGAUAGCCUGGAGAUUGUGGUCACAGGAAUCUACAGAAAGCCCUCACUCUUGGCCCUACCAGCUCCCCUGGUGAAGUCAGGAGGCACAGUGACCUUGAAAUGCUUCUCGGAGAUUGUGUUUGAGACCUUCAUUCUGGUUCUGCACAGAAAGGGACUAAGCGUGGACCCUCUGCACCUUGUUGGGGAGCCUUAUGACGGAGGCUACCAGGCCAACAUCUCCGUAGCUCCCGUGACUACUGAACAUGCUGGGACCUACAGGUGCUAUGGUUCUGUCAGUCACCAACCUUAUGAAUGGUCAGACCCCAGUGACUCCCUGGACAUCACGAUCAAAGGUCCCGUUUUUCAGAAUUGCACCUUGGGGAAUUCCGUCAGGAUAAUUGUGGCAGGGCUGAUGCUCCUUGCUCUGCUGCUGCUGCUGACUAAGGCCUGGUGGAGCCAUGAAGAGUUAAAGAUGGGGAGAAGGAAAAUUUUACAGAACCCUACUGAACUGAACAGAUGA